AUGUUUUCGUUUUGAGGGAAAAGAAACCAUUACCGUGAAUUCGAUCGUCAUCCCCUCGACUGAAAACGUAGGAACCCUAAUCGUCUGAGAGAUUCUUUAAGCGGAGACGAUAUGUCAGGGAGGGAAGUUAAAGAAUACACGAAUCUCUCCGACCCUAAAGAUAAGAAACAAGGGAAGGGUAAGAUAGAUGAUGAAGACGUCACCUUUCAACGUAUGGUUGCAAAGAUGCAAGAUGUUGCUGGUGAGCGUGGAGGCUAUCUUCAUGGACGUGGCGCUUUGGACAGCGACGAUUUGCUUUAUCUUAAAGAGCAGAUGGAAGCAGAGCAGGAUGCAGAGCGCCUUCUCAGACGAACUGAGAAACGGGCUUUUGCUGCCUUUAAAAAAGCUGCAACCCAAGCUGAUUCAUCUCCAGCAUCUAUUCCUUUGCCGCUUCGUGUUGAGCCCAAGCCUAAGAGUGGUAUCAGGCAGCAAGAUUUGCUGAGAAAGGUUGUCGAGGUUAAACCGAAGCGACCAAAGGUCUCUACAAGCUUGUCACCUCCUAAAAGGAGCGAUAUUGUUCCAACAGAAGCAAAGGUUCAAAGAGAUAAACUGGACAGACCUGAGGAGCAACCCGGAGGCAAAGCAGCAGAAAGCAAUGGGCAAGGUCAAAAUGCUUUGAAAGGCUUGUUGGGAUUAGCGUAUGAGUCUUCGGAUGAAGAUGACUGAGUUGAGUGUAUGAAUCUUUCUCCUUGUAGUCUUCGUCGCGUUUUGUUUCGUCUGUCUUCUCCAAUAUUUUAUGUCGAAAGCUUACAAGAGUUUUAUUAGCUUUAGGAUUCAAUACAGCUUUGUUGUAAUUGUUGAAACCAAACGGAUUUGUUGGAAUGAAGAUGGUUUCCAAAGCCA